AUGUCAGGAACAACGACUGCAACAAUUAUGACGACAAACUUGAUUACAAAAUCGAGUUUUCUUUCCCCGCAAGGUGGGCAUCACUAUUACAGUACAGGCAGUCAUUAUGACAAGUGGACAAACCUUUCCUAUGAUGACUUGCAAGCUCUCAUUGACUGUGGAGAUAUUCAGUUAUUUGAUGUGCGAGAACCAAAAGAGAUUUUAGACAUGGGUAAAAUUCCAUGUGCUAUAAAUAUACCCUUGGGACAAAUAAAAGAUGCCUUAGCAAUGGAAAAACAUGCAUUUUUUGAGUUAUAUCAAGUGGACAAACCUCAGCAACAAGACACCAACAUUGUAUUUGUUGGAUUAAGCCAUAUUAAGAGCAGUACAGCCCUGGAGCUUGCACAUAGAGCUGGUUUUAAAAAAGCCCGUCAUUAUUAUGGAGGCUAUGAAGAAUGGUUAAAGAAGCAACAAUCAGCACCACCCCCAUUAGAAUAA